AAAGAAAGAAAAAAAAAAGAACGAAGUUUUGAACUCGUUUUCAGUGGGUAAUUGCUUCACUGACGUGGCGGUGAAGGAAUUGUUUAUAUGAACUACGUCAGAACUUGUGUUUCCCUUACACACCCACAAAACAAAAGAAAUGCCAAAACACAAACAAACAUCGUGAUUCGAAUACUAUUGAAAAUGAUAUUAUUAUCGUAGUAUUAUUCAUAAGUGUCAAUUGGUUGAGAUCGACUGCUUUUUAAUUGAGAAAACAUUCUAGUGAAAGUUGCCCGUCUGUGAAAAAACUCUCAAGAGUUUAUGUGACAGUCAGGGUAAUAACGUCACAGGUAAUUGAAGCAAGUACGCGCUGUCGUAUCGUAGUAGUCAUAACCGCGUGUAAGCUUUGAAUGAACAUUGUAUGUAUAAAGCAAUAUCUUGACGAACACAGCAGCGAAACGUAAUAUUUCGUCCUUAAAACACUGACGGAGACCAGAGCAGAUAAGAGAACUCAAUCGGGUCGACAACCUACCGUUCAAUUUUUUUCUCCGAUCAUGACAGCAAAAACAGCCCAUUGUGUUGCCAAUGGCACUGAUUUCAUGUCUCUCACGCGUAAAGAUUCUUAUUCUGGAAUGCGUAAUGGAAUUACACGUUUAAUCAAAAGUAUGGAGUCAAAUAAACAAGAUGACUUCCAAAAAGACAUGAAGCGAUUUGAAGAACUUUAUAGUCGCUUUUCACAACAAACAGACCUAUCACUGAACUGGAGCAAAAUAAAUCCACCGCCAACAAAAAAUAUGGAAAUGUAUUGUGAUAGUGAAGAGAUACAAUUAGAGGAAGCCAGAGAAAUCCUAAACAAGCUCGUUGUGGUAAAACUCAAUGGUGGUCUUGGAACAAGCAUGGGUUGUAAAGGCCCUAAAAGUGCUAUCUCAGUUCGGAGUGACAACACUUUUCUUGAUCUCACAGUGCAACAAAUUGAGCAUUUAAAUAAAAAAUAUGACACUGAUGUACCCCUGGUUCUUAUGAAUUCCUUCAAUACUGAUGAAGACACACAGAAAAUAAUUGGCAAAUAUAAGCAGGUUAAAGUGAAAAUUUUCACAUUUAAUCAAAGUAGGUUCCCAAGAAUCAUCAAAGAAUCCCUGUUACCUUUACCGAAAUCUAAAGAUGAUGAUCCACAGAGCUGGUACCCUCCUGGUCAUGGAGAUGUCUAUGAAUGUUUUUACAAAUGCGGUUUUCUACAGAAGUUUCUCAAUGCUGGUCGCAAAUAUAUGUUUCUAUCAAAUAUCGAUAAUUUAGGAGCUACCGUUGAUCUACAUAUUUUGAAAUCUCUUAUAAAGCGCCAGAAUGGUGAAGCACCAGAAUUUGUAAUGGAAGUUACAGAUAAGACAAGAGCAGACAUUAAGGGUGGAACAUUGGUAGAAUAUAAUGGCAAACUCCGAUUAUUAGAAAUAGCUCAAGUUGCUGCUGAACAUGUAGACGAAUUUAAAAGUGUCAGUAAAUUCAAAAUUUUCAACACAAAUAAUCUUUGGAUAAGUCUGGAAGCCAUAAAGAAAGUUGUUGAAGAGAAAACCCUUUACAUGGAAAUUAUUGUCAACAACAAGACAUUGGACAAUGGAAUUAAUGUGAUACAACUAGAAACAGCUGCUGGUGCGGCCAUUGCCAGCUUUAAACGGGCUAUAGGCAUCAAUGUUCCACGGAAACGGUUUCGUCCGGUAAAAACAACCUCUGAUCUUUUAUUGGUUAUGAGUAAUUUAUAUACCAUGAAAACAGGAGCACUUGAGAUGAGUACAAAACGCUCCUUUCCAUCUGUACCAUUGGUAAAACUCGGAGCAACUUUUCAGAAGGUGAAAGAGUUCUUAGCUCGUUUUGCCAGUAUACCAGACAUGUUAGAACUUGACCAUCUCACUGUGUCAGGUGAUGUCACGUUUGGAAAAGGAGUUGUACUAAAGGGUACUGUAAUAAUAAUUGCUAACCAUGGAUCCCGAAUAGAUAUACAAUCUGGAUCUGUCCUGGAAAAUAAAAUUGUGUCAGGAAAUAUGCGAAUCCUGGACCAUUAAGACCAAGUGUACAAACAACAUUAUAAGCAGUCUGUAAUUCACACACACACACACACACACACAUACACUUAAAGGAAGCAAAAGAUGCGGACAAGUGGAAGAGCAACAAACAAGUGUAUUAGUUUGACGCUCAGGAACAAUGUGGAGAGAUAAUGAAAAAAAAAAAAAAUGAAAAAAAAACAGAGAGAGAAAAUGAAUGGUUAAGGAAAUAUUAAUACAAGUUUGGAGGCAGCAGAAAGGAAGCAAAGAGAAGUGAUUUUUGAAGCAGUGGUGUAGGUGGAAGAGGAAGGAUUUGUGAUUAAACAUGAUGAGAAAAUGAAUAGGAG